UCGUUACAACAAUACUACGUGUUUGUUUUAGAACGCCAUACAGUUACUGUCACAUCUCCCCACUUCUCCUUCAAAAUUAAAUUCGUAACCGUUUGUUUUUGUUUCUAAUUUUUUACCUAACGUUUAUUUUAUUUUUUUAUCAUUUUUUUAACUGUAAUAAAGUAAAAUGUCACAGCAACAGACCAAAAACAUUAUAACCCUCCGAGGCUCCGCACAAAUCAUAUGUGAAUAUCUUAAGUUUGCUAUGAAUUCAGUAUUAUUCCAAAGAGGUCUGUAUCCGGCUGAAACUUUUAAAGCUGAACAGCAUUAUGGUAUUACACUACUAUUGUCUGAAGACUCGCAAAUUAAAAAUUUUCUAACAAAUCUUUUAACACAAAGUGAAGAAUGGAUAGUGAACAAGAAGGUCAGCAAACUGUCACUCAUUAUACUAGAUGUUGCUAACAAAGAAGUGCUGGAAUGCUGGGACUUCAAAGUCGAGUAUGAAGAAGGUGACGCCACAUUAUCGAAGGAAAAGAACGAAACAGUAGGCACUAAGGAUUUGAAGAAGAUCCAACAAGAAAUUAGAGAUGUAAUGCUGCAAGUCGCAGCAACAAUAUCAUACCUUCCAUUCUUAGAUCGCAGAUGUUCGUUUGAUGUUCUGGUGCACGCUAAAACAGACUGUGAUAUACCUGAGAAAUGGGCAGAAGCAGAACCCAUAACUAUUACGAAUGCUCAGAACGUACAAUUGAAGUCUUUCACAACUAGUUUACAUAAAAUGGAGACUGUUGUUACAUAUAAAUUGUUCGAUUAAUCUCUAGCAUUUUAUAAUUUUAGUGUUAUAUGUAUGGUACAUGUAAACACGGGUAAUAUUUAUGAUAAUUAAUACAUUUUGAAAUGAUAGUAAUGUAUGUAUACAUGGUUUUAACACAUUGACAGACAGUAGAAACAAGUGAAGUUCAA